AUGAGUUCUUUGGACGAGGAUGAAGAGGACUUCGAAAUGCUGGACACAGAGAACCUCCAAUUCAUGGGGAAGAAGAUGUUUGGUAAACAGGCUGACGAGGACGAGAGUGACGAUGUUGCUAUAGGGGGGAGCACCCCGACCAAUAAACUGAAAUUCUAUCCGUAUUCGAAUAACAAACUGACAAGAAGUACAGGGACUUUGAACCUAUCGUUAAGUAAUACCGCUUUGUCGGAGGUUAACUCGAAAUUUCUGGGGAAAAUUGAGGAGGAAGAAGAAGAGGAAGAAGAAGGCAAAGAGGAGGAAAGUGUGGAUUCUCGUAUUAACAGGUGGUCUCCGUUCCGUGAAAAUGAUAGUGUUACUACCCCCAUUGCAAAAAGAUCCGUGGAAAAGACAAACAGUCCCAUUUCUCUCAGACAAUGGAAUCAGCGAUGGUUCCCAACAAGUCAUGGUCACAAUGAAAACACAUCGUCUUCCUCUUCAUAUAGCGUCGCUAAGCCUAAUCAGUCUGCCUUCACGUCUUCUGGCCUCAUAUCUAAAAUGUCUAGGGACUCUUCAUUAUAUCCUGCGAAAUUGAGAAUACCAGAAACACCAGUGAAAAAAUCGCCCAUGGUGGAAGGAAGAGACCAUAACCAUGUCCACCUUUCGAAUUCGAAGAAUACAUCAUCUUCUUUAAGUGUUUCGCCUUUAAACUUUGUUGACGAUAAUAACUUACAGGAAGACCUUUUAUUUUCAGAUUCUCCCUCUUCGAAAGCUCUACCUUCCAUCCAUGUACCCGCCAUAGACUCGUCUCCAUUGAGCGAGGCAAAAUACCAUACACAUAAUCGUCACAAUAACCAGACAAACAUUCUGUCUCCCACCACCAGUUUGGUUACAAAUAGUUCUCCACAGACACUGCAUUCUAACAAGUUCAAAAAAAUCAAAAGAGCAAGGAACUCGGUUAUUUUGAAAAAUAGGGAGCUAACAAACAGUUUACAACAAUUCAAAGAUGACCUGUACGGUACGGAUGAAAAUUUCCCGCCUCCAAUCAUAAUAUCAAGUCAUCAUUCAACCAAGAAGAAUCCUCAACCUUAUCAAUUUCGCGGCCGCUAUGACAAUGAUACUGACGAAGAGAUUUCCACUCCAACAAGACGAAAAUCUAUUAUCGGGGCAACAUCCCAGACGCAUAGAGAGACUAAGCCAUUGUCGCUCUCUUCUGCCAUGUUGACAAACACAUCAAGUGCAGAGACACAUUCCAUAUCUUCCACAGAUUCUUCGCCUUUGAAUUCCAAAAGGCGUCUAAUCUCUUCGAAUAAACUAUCCGCAAACCCAGAUUCUCAUCUUUUCGAAAAAUUUACAAAUGUGCAUUCUAUCGGUAAAGGACAAUUUUCAACGGUGUACCAGGUUACGUUUGCUCAAACGAAUAAAAAAUACGCCAUUAAAGCCAUUAAACCAAACAAAUAUAAUUCUUUAAAACGCAUCUUACUGGAAAUUAAAAUCCUAAACGAGAUAACCAACCAAAUUACAAUGGACCAAGAAGGUAAGGAAUACAUCAUUGAUUACAUCAGUUCGUGGAAGUUUCAAAAUUCUUACUAUAUUAUGACAGAAUUGUGCGAAAAUGGUAAUUUGGAUGGAUUUUUACAAGAGCAAGUUAUCGCAAAGAAAAAGAGAUUGGAAGAUUGGAGGAUUUGGAAAAUUAUAGUAGAGUUAAGCCUUGCCUUAAGGUUCAUCCACGACUCUUGUCACAUUGUACAUCUCGAUUUAAAACCUGCGAACGUCAUGAUCACCUUUGAAGGUAACCUAAAACUUGGUGACUUCGGAAUGGCUACUCAUCUACCUUUAGAGGACAAAAGUUUUGAAAAUGAGGGUGAUAGAGAAUAUAUUGCACCAGAAAUCAUUUCAGAUUGUACGUAUGAUUACAAGGCAGAUAUUUUUUCUCUGGGUCUGAUGAUUGUUGAAAUUGCAGCAAAUGUUGUGUUACCUGACAAUGGUAACGCCUGGCAUAAGUUAAGAUCGGGUGAUUUAUCAGAUGCAGGAAGAUUAAGUUCCACGGAUAUUCAUUCUGAAUCACUAUUUUCAGAUACUACGAAAGUAGAUACUAAUGAUUUAUUUGAUUUUGAAAGAGAAAACAUUAGCAGCAAUAAUGGCAACCCUGCCACCUCCAAUGCUCACAAUACUGGUAAUAACAACGAUUCCAAUAACAACAAUAGCAAUGCUAUUGUUAAUAAUAAUACUAAUACUGCCGCUACCAAAAAUCGUCUCGCUUUGCAUAAAAGUUCUAAAAUUCCUCCAUGGGUACCGAAAUUUCUCAUUGAUGGAGAAUCACUUGAAAGAAUAGUACGAUGGAUGAUAGAACCCAAUUAUGAGAGGAGGCCUACGGCAAAUCAAAUCUUACAAACUGAAGAAUGUUUGUAUGUAGAAAUGACACGUAAUGCAGGUGCCAUUAUCCAGGAGGAUGACUUUGGGCCCAAGCCAAAAUUCUUUAUAUGA